CAGUUGUUCUGCCUGCAAUUCUCUGCUCAUGGACUCUGGCAGAAGUUGUCUCCAUUGUGGUCACCUCUGGGGUCUGCUGGAGGCUGUCUCGGUAGGCAGCACUCUCUUUCAGGGCAAUCAGGCGAGAGCACAGCUGCUCGGCUGUCGGUCGCUGACCUUCCUUGUCUUUGAGGCAGUCUAGAGCUACCUCCAGGAGAGGGUGUGUGGGGGAGAUGAGAUCCAGGUGCUCCUUACGACGUUCCAAUUCAGGAGUAACAACAUGCACUCGUCCUGAUGGGACACGAGGAUCGCUUAUUUGUAUUAUGUGUAUACGAGGGCCCGGGUUGGGCCACUUGCGAGUGAUGAGCUGAACAAAGAGCACACCACAGGAGAAGAUGUCCAGUUUGCUGGUGUAUGUCGGGGGAUCUGCCAUUGCCUCGGGAGACAUGUAGGCAUUGGUUCCAGGGCAGUAGGUGGGAGUGAGGCGAGGGUCGCUGCCCAACAGCUUGGCCAUGCCAAAGUCGGUCACCUUGGCUCGCCGGCUGCCGAUCAGGAGAACGUUGUUGCUGCUGAGGUCGCGGUGCAGCACCUCGUGGCGAUGGAGGUGGGAGAGAGCCUGUGCCACGUCGUGGCCAAUGUCCACCUGCACGUGGAGAGGGAGAGGGGGAGGGUCCGCCGGCCGCUCCAGGAAGCUGGUCAGGCUCUCGUCCAUCAGCUCCAUGACUGAACAGGACGGGCAUUCGAGUCUCGGGGUCCGCACACGAGCCCAGGUACUGGAUGAUGUUGGGGUGCCUCAGGCCGCUCAGGAAGUCGAUCUCUCGCUGGAAGCGCUCCACGAUGCGGUGGGCGGCGGGGUCCCUGGUCUGGAAGAGGAUGGGGUGCAGGACUUUGGCGGCGCAGACGAGCUGGUCACACUUGACCCUGUACACUGCUCCGUACGAGCCGUUCCCCAGCGAGUUCGCCUCCGACUUGACCAGUCGGACGUUGCGGAAGCCGAAGCGACCCUGCAUGCGUAUAGCUGCUGCGCCAUUAUUUGGAGC